AUGGCAACCAAACCCAAGCUCUUCUACUUUCGUGGCCGGGGCAGGAUGGAGUCGAUCCACUGGCUGCUGGCUGCAGCUGGAGUGGAGUUUGAAGAAGAAUUUAUUGAAACAACAGAACAAUAUGAGAAGUUGCUGAAGGAUGGACGCUUGCUUUUCGGCCAAGUGCCUAUGACUGAAAUUGAUGGAAUGGUGCUCACGCAGACUAGAGCCAUCCUCAGCUACCCUGCUGCCAAGUUCGACUUGUAUGGGAAGGACCUGAAGGAGACAGUCAGGAUAGAUAUGUACACAGAAGGUAUGGCAGAUUUGAAUGAAAUGAUCAUUGUUUUGCCUCUAUGCCCACCUGAUCAAAAAGAGGCCAAGAUUGCCCUGAUCAAAGAGAGAACGACAGAUCGUUAUCUCCCCGCGUUUGAGAAAGUGUUAAAGAGCCAUGGACAAGACUACCUUGUUGGCAACACGCUGAGCAGGGCUGACAUUCACCUGGUGGAACUUCUCUACUAUGUGGAAGAGCUUGACCCCAGCCUUCUGGCCAACUUCCCUCUGCUGAAGGCCCUGAAAACCAGAAUCAGCAAUCUCCCCACCGUGAAGAAGUUUCUACAGCCUGGCAGCCCGAGGAAGCCUCCCAUCGAUGAGAAAAGUUUAGAACAAGCCAAAAAGAUCAGCAGGAAAAAAAGAAGUGUGGAUUUCCAUGUCCAUCACUAA